UUUGAAUAGAAUAACAACUUCGAUGUAUCCCUAUUGCCGAAUAGUAAAUCUUUUUCCACGAGUUAAUGGGUUACGUUUGCAGAAAUUAUAUAUGUCUCUUUCAUCCAAUAAUUCGCUUUUAAGCACACCUUUGUCAAAAUCUGAUCCAGAAGUAGAUAAUUUAAUUAAAUUAGAAACAAAACGUCAAUUAGAGUCAAUUGUAUUGAUCCCUUCUGAGAAUUUCACAUCUCAAGCAGUUUUGAAUGCGUUGGGAUCUCCUAUGCAAAAUAAAUAUUCUGAAGGAUAUCCGGGUGAUCGUUAUUAUGGGGGAACCAUGUAUAUUGAUCAGAUGGAAUUGCUUUGCCAGAAAAGAGCAUUGGAUCUUUACGGCUUAAAUCAUGAAGAAUGGGGCGUUAAUGUUCAACCAUUAUCAGGGUCUCCUGCUAAUUUUUAUGUAUAUACGGCGUUAAUGAAGCCUCAUGAGAAACUUAUGGGGUUGGAUUUACCAGAUGGUGGACAUAUUUCCCAUGGUUAUUCGACUACAUUUAAAAAUAUUUCAGCCGUAUCUUCUUAUUUUUCAUCUGUUCCUUAUAAAACUAAUCCAAAAACGAAUAUUAUUGAUUAUGAUGAACUCGAAGUUCUUUCAAAACGUGUAAUGCCAAAAAUUAUCAUUGCAGGAACAUCUUCUUAUCCUAGACUUUUGGAUUAUUCACGUUUUUCCAAGAUUGCAAAGAAUGUGGGUUCUUUUUUGAUGGCGGAUAUGUCACAUAUUUCAGGUCUUGUAGCUGCAGGCGUAGUUCCUUCGCCCUUCGACUAUGCUGAUAUUGUUACAACUACGACUCAUAAAUCAUUACGAGGACCUCGUGGUGCUAUGAUUUUUUUUCGGAAAAAAAUAAAAAAAUUAGAUAAGAAUGGCAACGAAGUUCUUUAUAACCCCGAAAAUCAUAUAAAUUGUUCUAUUUUUCCCGGACAUCAGGGUGGUCCUCAUAAUCAUACAAUAUCUGCACUCACUGUUGCUCUUAAGCAAGCAAAAACUCCAGAAUUUAAAGAAUAUCAGAAACAAGUGCUUAAAAAUUCAAAAGCAAUGUCGGACAGAUUUAUAGAAUUGGGCUAUGAACUUGUAACAGGAGGCACUGAUACUCACUUAAUUUUGAUAGAUUUGACCAAAAAAGGCAUUGAUGGUGCUAGAGUUGAAAAAGUUUUAGAAUUGGCAAAUAUUUCUGCAAAUAAGAAUGCUAUUCCUAGCGAUAAAUCGCCUUUUACUCCAAGUGGUUUAAGAUUAGGAUCCCCUGCAAUGACUACACGAGGACUUAAAGAAAACGAUUUUCUUAAGAUAGUCGAUUUUGUUGAUAGAGCUAUAAAAAUUACUAUUAAUAUUCAAAAAAUAUGUCAAAGUAAAAAGUUGAUUCAUUUUAAAGAAUAUCUCGGUACUGGUGAGAAUAUUACUGAAUUACAUGAUUUAAAAAAUGAAAUAAUAGAUUGGGUAUCUAAUUUUUAUAUCCCAUACUAA